CCGCGCAUUCUAUUGAAUGAGAAAGGCCUACAGUGUAGGAGAGUAUACUGAAGUAGGCAAAACAUAUUUCUGCUUUACCUACUCAAAGCCUAUAGAGUCAACAUCCUUACCUGAGGGGCCAUGCCUUCGGUGCGACACAUACCAGGUAACAGGCGACGCUCUCGUACGGGGUGCCUGACUUGUCGCAAGCGGCGGAGGAAAUGCGAUGAGCGGAAGCCAAGUUGUCGGAACUGCUCUACGAGGAGCGUGACAUGCACAUAUGGCGACUGGACGUUUGUAUCCGAUGGGCCGGAAACAUAUCGUGCAGAUGAUGACGCAACGCGACUAGAAGUUGACAGUAACUUCCAUGCUGUCGCAGCGCCGCCAUUAGUCGCAACAUCGCAGUUGAUGAAUGACAUGGUCAAUUACCAGGAGGCUGGCGGUGUUAAUUCAUCAGUCAGCCAUAUUGAGAAGCCCUCGACCCCUCAAUUCAUCGCCUCCACUACCGCGACGGUGACUGCCGCUACACAGAAUCCCACUGACAUCGAUCCGAAUACAGCCUGGACAUCAGAAAAUCUCGCGGGUGACAUGACCUAUGCAGGGAUCAUACCCCUAGGGGCAAUCGACGACCGCUCGUGGCAGCAGCGAUCAAUGAAUAGACGAUCUUCUCUGCUACGUUUCAGAUAUCAAGUGGUACCUUGGAUUGAGUCCAACAACUGCAAGUCAAUGUUCGGUCCGGCGAUAACAUCUCUAGCUCGCGACAGCAAGAUCAUCUCCGAUUGCAUUUCCACUUGCACACGAUUGAGGGACGACAAUCUUGACCUGGAACAUAUCAUGUCUGAUGGUUUGACAGUGCCCUCGAAACUUCUGGAACGACUAGCUCACGAGGAUACAUUUACCGCAAGUGUCGGAUAUUCGCUGCUCGCGAUCAGUAGCGUCUUCGAUACACCGCCCUCCGAAUGGGCCACCAUCGCCUCUACUCGUGAGGCGCGUUUGGUCAUGUCAGCUCUAUUGAGUGGCGAGUUUGAACUCACAAUGGAGCCUUUGAAGUCGCUCCUUCGCUUGCAGUUGAAAGUGGAUCUUGCAGCAUCCAUUGCAACGAACAAGGCUCCUUCGGCUGAUCUUGUGAUUCCUCUGGUCGAAGUUUUGAUCAGCGACGUCGAUGAUCCUCCCUCAUCUUACGACAGCUGUCUUUGUUGCCUUGCACUCUGUCUGCGUCUGGUUCACUUCGAACUAAUCCCUAUGCUAUCUGGUUUCCACGAAUCGUUUCUACAGCCUGUCGGUCGACACGCCUCCAAAUGGGAUCGGUGGUUUGAACUCUGGAGUAGAUGUAUGGCAUGGUUCCAGGACCGACCUCCCAAGAUGAGACCUGUGCUCGAAGGCUCAGAUGAAGAUGCUAGUGACAAGCAACCCUUCCCCAUUGAUGUGUUCACAAGCGCCACUGCUCUGCAAGCAAGCCUCGUCAUGCACAUCUCAGCAGCUAUUCUGCUAUCACAAAAACCUCGUCUUGCAAACGCAACAUCGACCUUUCUGCGCCUAGGAUCACGAAGUUGGCAUAUUCAAAAGGUUGCACGCAUGCUGCUUGGUAAUCAUUUCAAUGAGCAGUGGGACCCGAUAGUCAUUGCUGCACUGCUUUCUGUCGCCAAAGAAAUGUCGCACCCAUCCCAGCAGGAAGCACUUCUAUCUUGCUUCAAUGAGAUCUCGAGUAAAACACGGAUCCCCAUGGAAAAGGAUAUCGCCGAACUUCGCACACGCUGGCAAUCGAUCCAACAGGAUGACCCGCCAAAUCUGUCGCCUGCAUUCGGGGAAGAGCUUCAGUCCUGAUAGGCUGAUUCAUCUUCAAACCAAUAAGCUGACUUGCGACUCGUGAGAAUUUAGUACCUCCCCGUGUGCUGAACUUUGUCACGCGCAUGCUGUAGAAAUGCAGAAUCUUUUUGCGAUUAGUGCAGCCUGCCACUGAAAAACGCUGACUUUCAGACUCUCA